UAUUUUUAGGGGACAUGUGGAAGUUUCAGUGUCAGCAUUGCCAGAGUAGGUCAGGGAAGGUGAUCCUGCCCUCUGCUGAGCCGUGGGGAGGCCACUCUUGAAAUGUUGUGGGCAGUUCUUGGCUCCUCACUACUGGAGACAUGGAGAUCCUGGAGCAGGUCCAGCACAGAGCUACCGAGUUCUUUCGAGGGUCUGGAGAAUCUCUCUUACAAGGACGGGCUGAGGGAGCUGGGCCCGGGUAGCCUCCAGGAGAGGUGGUUGGGAGGGGGCCUCAGCAAUGGGUAUAAAUGUCUGAAGGGAGGUGCCAGGGCAGGGAGCCAGGCUCUUCUCAGCGGUUCUGAGCAAUUCAACAAGAGGCAACAGGCAGAAAAUGAUGCUCAGGAAGUUCUGCCAGAGCUGAGGGAGAACUCUGUGGGUACAGGCUGCUCAGAGAGCUGUGGAGUCUUCCUCGCUGGAGAUAUUUCAGAACUAUCUGGACACAAUCCUGUGCUAUGUGCUCUGGGGUGACCCUACUUGAGCAGGGAGGCUGGACCAGAUGGUUUUUUGAUUAAAACUAACGUUUGAUAGUUUUUGUCAGCAGUUUGUCUCUUUCUAGAAAUGUUCGUGGAUGACACGAGCUGCGUUCCUCCCUGCACUGCCGAGCUGCGAGCGCCGGUACCGCAGCCGCGCCCGCGGCCCUCAGGCCCCCAGGGACUACAGCUCCCGGCGUGCGCCGCGGGGCUGGGGCCGGGAGCGGCCCGGAGCUGCUCCGGCCGCGGCGAUGCCGGUGUGGCUGCGGGAGCGCAGCUGGCGCCAGAGCCUCACCGCCGUGUACCUCUCGCUGCCCUUGCGCGGCGCCCGGGCCACCGCCGCCAACAUCUUCUGCAGCGAGCAGUACCUGAAGGUAAGCAUCCCUCCCUUUUUGUUUGAAGCCGUUUUAUAUGCUCCUAUUGAUGACACAAACAGCACAGCAAAGAUUGGAAAUGGAAACAUUUUCUUCACUUUGUAUAAAAAAGAACCGGCCAUGUGGGAUUCCCUAACUCUAGCAAAUGCUGACAAGGAGAAACUACAACAUCUGAGAGAGAAUGCUGUUCUAAAAGCCCAAGAAAAGGCAAAAGAAGAGACAGAAGCAAAAAAAAUUACAAAACAGGAAAACAAAAAAUAUGCUUUGGAGGCCACAAUGAAGGUAGAGGAAGCAGAAAGAAAAAGAAUUGAAGAUCUAAAAGAAAAGGAGCGGCAGAAGGUCACUAAAGAGUUGGAGUUAUGGAAAAAACAACAAAAAGAUGGUGAUAAAUACAAAAGCAUACAAGCAAAAGAGGAAUUACAUCAAGAAAAAGAGCCAUUAAAAGAGAGAAAAAAUGAAAAAAUGAACAAAACUCGGAUUCCUAAUGAAGGAAGUACUAAGACAAGACUCAAAUCCACAAGAGGUCAUGGCUCCUGUAGUAUAUUUUCACAGGAUUUAAAGGAAGAACAGUUACCAGCUCCCCGAGCUGCUGCUACAAUUAAAGUCAACUUUACACCACGAGUUUUUCCCACAGCUCUGCGAGAAUCUCGUGUUGCAGAGGAGGAGGAGUGGCUACAUAAACAAGCAGAAGCUCGAAGAAUAAUAAAUUCUGAUUUAUCUGAGCUGGAAGAUUUAAAAGAAGAGGAGAAGAAUCCAGAUUGGUUAAAGGACAAAGGGAACAAAAUGUUUGCAAUGGGAGACUACCUUGGGGCUGUCAACGCCUAUAACCUUGCAGUGAGGCUGAACAAUAAACUCCCCCUGCUGUACCUGAACCGUGCUGCUUGCCACCUGAAACUGAGAAAUUUGCACAAAGCUAUCGAAGAUUCCUCCAAGGCUCUGGAACUGUUGACACCACCUGUUCCUGAUAAUGCGAACGCUCGAGUGAAAGCCCAUGUGAGACGUGGAACAGCAUUUUGUCAGCUGGAAUUGUACACUGAAGGCCUCCAGGAUUAUGAAGCAGCUCUCAAGAUUGAUCCUAAAAAUAAAAUUAUAGAAAAAGAUGCUGAGAAAAUUCGACAACUAAUUCAAGGAACAAUGCAAAGUUCUUAAUUAAAAAAGUAUAAAAAAGAAACUUUGAUGCCUUUGAGGACAUCAGAAGGAAUCUUAUUUCUCUUCAGUGCGUUACCUAGACAUUUUUCUGCUUCACUUGGAACACUUACAAAAUUGGUAAAAGAUAGGAUAUAUUAUUGGUAAUAUAGUAUAUUAAACAUUAUUAGAUACAUUUUAUAUAAUUUUGAUAUGAAGUUGUUGUAUUUUUGCUUUUUAUUAGCAUUCUGUAUUACUCUGACAAUUUGAAACCCUGGACUUGAAGCGGUUCCUUUUUGUUAAGUGCUCUUUCCAAACUGGGGCCAUUUCAACUACACUUCUUUCAGUAGCAGUUUUAGCAGACUUCUGAAUUUUCUGCAUUAGUCUCUUUCCUGAAUACCCUUUAUGACUGAUUUCUGUCUUUAUAAUAAAGUGUUUAUCAUGCAGAUAUAUAUUAUUGUGUGCAAAUUUUACAGUUUUGUAUCAGGGAGAAGGUGGCAGGCA